CUAAUUUUCUUUUGUAACAAUUUUUCGACUGGUUUAUUUUUGAUUUAAUUUAACGUACUAAAUAUUAUAAACAAUGACUACUCGACAGGAAAUAUUAGAUUCUAUGAUAAACGACUAUAAGACUACAAUGAACAGUGAUUAUAGAGAGAAUGCAAUUAAACCGGUGAUAAAAACUGUAUAUCAAGAGAAAAAACCUUUCAUCAGAGAGAAAUGGACGUAUGUUAAAUACAUUCAUACGAUGAGGAACUGGGAUGGAGAGAGGGCGCCUUUUGAUUCUACCAUUCCAACGAAAGCUAUUAUACGAACUAAUCCGCAUAAUAUCCAACCUGUUUAUGAGAAACCUAAAGAUUUAGAACUAGACAGUGUUAGGAAAACAAGACCGCGACUUGUAAUGACUCCUGCGAUCAGUAUGGACGAUAUCGAAGAUCAGGAUAAAUGGAAUCUCCUCAUGAACUGUUCUUCGUACACCACUCGAAUGUCGCGAGACUACAAAGCUAUCAGCGAUGUUUCAAACGUCGUGGCGCCGUUACUUGGGAAAUAUUCACCUACAGUGCCGUUAAAGUUAGAAAAGUACAAGCAGCCGUACGUUUCGCCGGAGUGGCGAAUGCAAUCGACGUCAUGGGACCGCCGCCAGAUCAGGGACUACUGCGACGCUAACAAAGUGUUUUGGCUCUACACGAAACCGAAACGUAAUAAGAAAUAAUUUAAUUUUAUAUUUUAUAAUCUACUUGAAGACCACCGACAAGAUGUCUCAUCAUAGACAAAUGCGGGCUAUAAAUGUAUUUCUAAAUGUUUUUUUAACUAAUAAUUCUGUACUUUUAAAUCUGUGAUGUAUUUUUAUGAUCAUCUUUAGAAGAGUUUUAUUUUUGUAGAAUAACUACAUGACAAAAUGGAUUUUAACUGUACAUUGUUACGUAGUUUU